CGUACUUAAAGCAGGGGAUGACAACUCAGAGAUAUCGACAGGCAAUCGCGCAAACCUAAAUCUUCCUUUGGACUAAACAAUCAAUCUUAUUUGGAGUAAAUAUAGCCUACACAGAGCGACAGAAUCGAUAGUUUUUGCUUGUUCCAUCAUCAGGACGCGGACAAUUAAGUGACUUAGACUGUGACAUUUGUGAUAGGCAUGCUUCAAAUAAUGAGCAAGUAUUUUAUUUGAAAAAGCCUACUUAAGUUUGCAAAAAUGGAACGACAGCUUUCCAAGGCAGAGCGCAAAAAUAUGGAUACUUGCUUGAGACGUCUGAAGCAGGAACUGGUAUGUCGUCUUAUUUGAGUUUUUGAUUAUACAAUGUCUGUUUUCUGUUUCUACUGCAACUAUUGUUCUGAUAUCCAAUUUGAGUAUAUGCAUUCAGAUUUAGCGUGUUUUGGAAAGUUCAAAUGCAAAUGUAACUGGGUCACAAAAGAAGUAAACAGCUGCAAAAAAUAUAAAUUAUAAUAUUGAAUUAUUCAUAUUGAGUUGUUAUACAGCUGAGGUUGCAUAAUAAGGCAUAGUGCCGUUGACUCCGUUUAUAAAUAACUUAACUCAAGCAAAUCAAAUAGCUCAGCUCGAACAUUCGAUCCUAUAAUUUUAGCAGACCGUUAUUCAUGCGUCUGGGGGCCAUGGACUGGAAGAAAUAGUACAGACUAAUGAAUGGUCAAGCAGUUUCCUGCUCUCUUUUCUUUCCAUGAGAUGCUCAAUGUUUUAUGAAGACUAUUUCUAAAACGCUAUAUCCACCAAUUUUUCACAUUUGUGUUUUUUCAUCAGAAAUGAUUGCUUAUGGGUACUUUCAUGUGGUGUAAAAAUGACUGUUUUCAGAUUUUUAAUUCGUAGAUUUUAGUCGUGUAUGAAAAUGUUGUUGUUUUUUUGCAAAAUUCUAUAUAUCCAUUGUUUCGCUGGAAUGGAAUGUUCGUAUCCUAUAUAUUUGACUGUGAUAUGUGGUUGUCUCACACCUAGCUGUUAAGAUGAAAGCACUUACUGGAAGUCGCUCUGGAUAAAAGCAUCUGCUAAAAGACUAAAAUGUCAAAUGUUUUACAUACAGAUCUCAUAUUACUGUAUCUAAUUAUUUUGUAAAACAUUUUUUAAACAUUGAUGUCACAAAUGUAGCAUUUGUACAGUUAUUUGUUACAUUUGACUGUGUAAAACCUAUCAGUACUACUUAUUUAUCUGAAAAUGAUGUGGAUAUAUAGCAUUUUGCAGAAAAACAUGAUUAUUUGUCUCUGAACUGAAACCAUCAAGUGACAUGUCUGUCAUUGAACAACCCCAUGCCAUGAUUAGAUAUUGAAAAAACACACCAAUCUCUUUCAUAAUUUCUUUAAACAAUAAAAGCUAAUUCAUCAACAUUUCUGAAAAUGGAUAUAUAGUGUUUUGGAAUGAAACUCUUCAUAUAUUCAAUGCAUAUUCAACUGAUGUCUGUAUUAAUGGUGCAAUAUGCAGAAAUCGCUCAGCCAUUUCCUGGUCACAAAAAUUCUAAUAGUUUGCCUAAUUUCAGUUUAUGUGACAAAACAAGUGUAGAAAAUCAUUGUACCAUCGAAACCGCUGUGAAAUAUAUUUCACAGUAUUUUCAGCUGUUUGAAGCUGGUGUACAAAACCGAAAGUAAAAGAAGCAAAAACGAAACUUAACAAAGGGAAGCGUAGAAAUAGUGCACAUAGAACAGAUCUACCGCUUCUUAGACGCUUUCAAUGAGAAUGACAGAAUCUAUAAAUCACAUUUGUAUGUAAAUUCGGUUACACAUUGCAGCUUUAAUAUUGCUUUUUUAAUAUCCCUAACUUUCAAACACAGAGGCAUGUGUAGGCUAUACACUCACUUGACACUGUGAUGGAUUUUGAAGACAGUCUUCUGAAAUAGAUAGGCUAUUGCCGUAAGACUCUUUGGUCAAAGAUACCCAGGAAAAAAAUGGUAUUCUUUCAGUUUGAAAUGUACGAACCACAUUCUGGGUUCACACUGCUCACAUUCCAGAUCUUUUGGCAGAUGCACACACAGCAUUUUCAAUUCAGCAUUAACUGGCACAACUAUUGGAACGCUCUUCAAACGGGUAGAAUGUUCUUUAACCCUCAUGCCCAGGGCAAAGCAUGCACGGUCUGUAACAUGACACUUCUGUGGCUUCUGGGUUGUUUGCACUGAAUUAGCUCCACGUCUGUCAACUGGCUUGGCACCCUAAUCACAAUAGGAGGGAGCCAUGGUACAGCAUGUUGUGCGAAGUGAUGGUUGCCAUAUCACAGUUUGCAAACCCAAAAGAAGAGGGAGUCUGUCAUCCCUGUGUUGAAGCAGAAACAGAUACCAGAUGCAAGUUUAAAAAACUCUCCCAGUCUGUCCACUCCUGUACCAUGCAGAGCACAAUCUGUUGGAGUGUCUUGUUCCAACAAGGUGUUGCCCAUGCCAAAGUUCCCACAUGGCUGUCUGUGUCUGCCUAUGCUGGUUCCCCUGAACCCCCAUUUACCAUUAUGCCAGUGCAGAGAACAAGCAAGGGUGUGUGAAUAAGGGCAAUAUAAUAUAAUAGAAUAAGGGCUGUAGAUUAUGCUGCCUAAUUACCUAAGUCUGAUCAUCUUAUUGUGGAUGUUUUAUCUCAUGUUAUGGACUGUUUUAUCAUAUGAGAGUCUGUAAUGUCCAGAAAACAAUCUAACAUCACCCCCACCCCCCUAUAGCUGCUAAAUGGAAAGUGUUUCAUGUCAUCUGUAAGUGUAUGGAUUCAGGAAGUGCAGUAUGUGUGGAGUAGUGUCAAGCUGAACAGUGAACUAUGAACUAUGACCUCUGUAGGACUAUUUAAACCUCUGCUGACUGCUGGAAACAUACCAGACAGUGGAGGCUGGUGGGAAGAGCUAUAGGAGGACGGGAAUAAAUGGAACGGAGUCCAAAAUGUGGUUUCCAUAUGUUUGAUGUGUUUGAUACCGUUCCAUUAAUUCCAUUUCAGCCAUUACAAUGAGCCCGUCCUCCUAUAGCUCCUCCCACCAGCCUCCACUGAUACCAGAGACUGAUAGAUCUCCUAACCAUGACUCUUGUGGCAUGACUCUUUACUUACAUUUCCUUUCAUAUAAAAGUCCUGCAUGGCAAAACAAAUUCUUGGGUGUAUAACAAUGAACAUUGCUAAGCACAACGACGAUGAUACAUCAUGUAUCAUACAAAGAUUCAGUCCUUUUCAAGACAACUAAUGUUCCUCUGAGUACCUCCAGAACACCUGCAUGGUGCUGUAACUUCAGAUUGUAAACGGAUAUCAAAGCUUUUGACAUCGAUACUAACACUAAUUUCACUUUUAUGGUUCAUCUUUAUCUCUUAUUCGCCUCAACACAUUUGAAACAUAACUGUCUGUCAGUUUGGAAUUCUAUUCAAGGGAGGGUGUGCGUGAGCUGUAAGGUCUUGGAGAAAAACUUUGCCAAUGCCGUUACGUCCUGAGGUGGUGAGCCAAGCUACUAUACUCACGGAGACUCUCUUUGUUCUUUGUUACCCCAGGGCGUAGGGCUGGUAGUGGUACAGACCUGAGUCGGAGCAGUGGUCUCAGUUGGUUUGUUUGGAGCCUCUCUUGUGGUUCCAUUCUCCAGCUGGCCCUUCCUUCCCCUUGGCUAAAAUUGUCCGGGGUCACGGUGGCAGCUGGUUUGUAUGAUGUGAUCAUUGAGAUCGGAUGAAAGUGAUUCACAGUGAAAAUAAAUGAUUCAACCGAAAAUAUAAGCAAGUUGCUCAAGACCUACAUAAUGAAUGUCAUGGUAGUAGGUUAAGUAAUUACAAUUAUCUUGAGUGUUUGCAGUACAAUGAUCCAGUAACGUUUUAUAUUUUUAUUGUUAUGCAUUUGGAGAGACCUAUGUGCACUUGCACAGCACACAACAUCUACAGACUUCUGUUCCAGGCUCAAAUCUGCUGUCGAUCAUUAUGAGCCAAGUCUCCAGAUUUGACCACCAACUGUCUACAAACAUUAUCUUCUAAAGAAGUCGCUAAUGUCCUCUAAGGCUUAAGCAACCCACUGGUCCCUUCCAGCUUUACUCAUAUAAUUUAAGGCAGAAACAAGGCCAGGCCAGGAAACUGCCCAUUAGACCACCUCCCAGUGUUAAAGGCACCAGGAGGCCUGGCUCACCCCACCUCUGGUCUCUGGGCAGUACAGAGGCAUAGCCUGAAUGCCCUGGACACAGAUCCCAUUACUGCCCUUGACCAACACAACCUACCAUUCAUACUCAAUAAGUGUGUGAGGGGUUAUGGGGAUUUUGUGUGUGUGUGUGUGAUAAAUGCCCUCUCUAAUAGCCCAGGGUUUAAUAACCUUUCCUUGGCCUCUCAUUUCUCCUGCCUCUGGCCAUCAACACUGAAUGGCUCUCUUUCCAUUCAUGACAUGAAGUACGUAUGUUUAGUUGACACUCCCUUAUUAGACUGAACUGCCACUUAAAGAAAUGUGUUUGUGUGCUGCUCAUUUUUUCAAUUUAUCCAGUUAAACCGUGUCAAUAAGGGUUCUGUGUACAUGCAGGGAGAUAGAUUUAACCGUACCAAAUGCGUCACACUUGCUCACAUUUUAUUUCCCACUUAACUGAAUGAGGAGACAACACGUAAAAGCAGAGACCCUAAUCUCAACUGAGUGCAAGGAUAGUGUUCAUUUAUUUAUGCUGGGUGGGAUUUAAUUCACAUUCAUGCAUAUUCAAUGACUAGCGUGAAUGUUAACUGUAUAAUAGUUGAACAAACACUCCUUUGCACACUUUAUAUGACUUUGCAGAAAGAAGCACCACAUAGCCUUUUUAAGAGACAUAACUUUUAAUGGGUAUUCAUCCAACAUUAAUUCUGGACUGCCAGCGAUUACUCCCCAAAUCUGAAGCAUUCUGUACUUAAUUGCCAAUUAGCUUCAGUUUGCAUCACUGCAUUUGUUGUCUGGGGAUGGCUGGAUUGUCCUUAACCUGCACUUUUUACUUCUUAAUACUUUUUCAGUCACUAACAACUGUCUACUGUUCACAGGUAGACACUGACAGAUCAAACUGCUGAAGUAAUGUAUGAAAAUAUAUGCACUCACUAACUGUAAGUCGCUCUGGAUAAGAGCGUCUGCUAAAUGACUAAAAUGUCAAAUGUAAUGCUAACAGGUAGACACUGACAGAUCAAACUGCUGAAGCAACGCUAACAUACUAACAUUACGGAAAGCUGCUGACUUAUCUUCAGUAUUUGACAUAUGGCUUUAAUAGUUAAUGGUACCAGAGAGACAGCGUUCGAUGCCCUGAAGCUCCCGCUUCACAGUUUCCCCCCAAAAUGAGAUUGUAGAUUGGAACCAUUAUCCUCUCCAUUUGCUGAGUUUUAGACCAGGAGGAUCCAGUUAAUGAGAAGGGGGUGAUUAUCAGCACAUUUCUAUGAACCACUGACUCAAGCCAUCUCUGCAACACAAUACAGUAAACAUCUGGGGUGGGACAGUACACUGCCAUGGGGGAGACAGUCAGUCAAAGAAUGUGACUUGAUUUGAUCCAGCAGAAAGCUGAUUCCAGCUAGGCUAUCAUCUGGAAACGUCUGACCUAUUUGGGCCACAACGUUUUGGGGUCAUGUGAGGUCAAUUAAGUGCCUUAGUUGGCACAGUGAGGUCAACAAUGGGGCUGCUCCGCAGGGCACAUUAUGAAUAAUUGAAGAGAGCCAGAGAAUCACAUGGGGUAAACAACGUGUGCUUUUGGAUAAUUGGAGGGGAUUCAUGUAUUUGGGAUGGAAGAAGGGUUGCAUGUGAGGAGUAAGCAGGGCGUUAAAAAACAUUGCAUGCAUGAACAAGUUAACCAGCUAGAUUCCAUGUGAAUAGGAGGAAUAGUAGCAUCUUCAAACAGAGGCUGCAGUGCAGCUGUAGAAGGUCAGCUUCUACACCUUCUGAUGUCAUCUUUUGAAUUAUUCUGAUGUAAUGUUAUUGAAAAUACCACGUUGUUUUAUGGAGAUUAUCGGGAAAACCCAACUGUGUGCAUCAUGUGGCAAUGCUGGUUGAACUUUGAUGUGGUUGGAGGUAAACAGUAAUUACAUAAAGCCUGUUCACCAGCUUCUAAAGACUUCAGCUAAUUAUACCUAAUGAAGUCAACCAUAUGUUUUAGCGCCUAGAACCGCGGGAGAACACAGAGACGACCUCAUUGUUCCAAUUACCUUCUCCUUCUAUAAUGGCUACUCAGGAACAAAGACUCCUUUGUCUCCUGCAUAUUACAUUUUAGUCAUUUAGCAGACGCUCUUAUCCAGAGCGAUUUACAGUUAGUGCAUACAUUUUUUCAUACUGGCCCCCCGUGGGAAUCGAACCCACAACCCUGGCGUUGCAAGCGCCAUGCUCUACCAACUGAGCUACACGGGGCCACAAACCAUGCAUAGACAGGCUUAUUAUAUGACCUUUGACAGUGUUAUUAUUCAUACCCUAAGUUAUUCCACUAUCUACCCAUAUGCUUCAAGAGUAGGCCUACUGAUGUUGCUCUUCAUUUUCGGUGGAAAUGUCAACUGAACUGCAUAUGGGAUUAUGAUAUCUUCUGUGAGACCUUUUCAAGUGCUUCUUCAUGCAUAAUUAUCUUUGUUUGAAUAUGCAGGAAUGAAAGGCUAGUUUAGGGUUGGUCAGUGGCUCUUGUAACUGUUGAAAGCAGCCAAAUUACAAGAUUCAACGGAUUGACCAUGUUGUCUUAUCAGUUCUAAACAAGAAUUUCCGCAAAAUGUUGAAUAAUUUUUCAUGCAAAUUAUCUUGAUUUAUUAUUUUGAUGUAGGCCUGCAGGUUUUUUCGAUAUGAUUUAUGAGUUCGCUCUUCGUAUUAAGUAUUACAACAGGUUAUUAACAUAUUGUAACAUGUUGAAAUGUCAUACAUCAGGACAUACUGCCGAUUAUUAUAUUCACCUCUCACAGCUCAAUCACUUCUGGUGAUACUUUCCUGUCUGUCGUAUGCUAUUGUGUUAGUUACUGUACAACAGCAUCCAAUGCUUUCCCACUUGGCACUUAUGUGCACCAGAGUCCCCAGAUACAAUAUCAUUGACCUUGUUACUUAUGAUACCCACCCCCCUCCUGUUCUUCAAUAAUUGAAUCCCUCUAGACAUCUAAACAUAUGGCAAGGCCGCCAUAACACCCACCCAUAACACCCACCCCAACACCCUUCACACCCCCCCACCACCCCAACUCACCCUGCUGUUACCCCAAACACCACUUCCACUGCUGCUGACUCUCACCCGGUCUUUGUCAAUUAAUGUGUGCUUGAGUGAACCCACCCCCACGUUUAGGGAUUAACAUCUAGACAGACACAGCUGAUUGGCUGCCAGGACAGAGACUGGCCCUGAUUGGCAGGGGAUACAUAUAGAAGCUGGCAGGAAGGGCUGUUUGAAAGGUGAGAGUGGAGAGUAGAGACGGACUGACAGAGCAGCCAAGAGAGAGGGAAAGACUUGUGUAAAAGUUAUAACAAGGUAAGAUGAUUUAUUCAAUUUCUGUAACAUCACACAGCUUUGCUUUUAAUGAGUUUCAUUCACAUCUGUGUAUUCUUAAUUCCAAAGACAUAACUGUCAUAUCAACAGCCAAGUUCAAAGUAAGCAUGGCUUCAUUUUUAAAGACAGGCUGUUGCCUCAGGCACUGCUUGGCUGCAGGGGAAACGGUUAUAACAUGGUCACAUGACGUAAGCUCAGUCCCACAGGAUGCUGGGACAGAGAGAGAGAGAGAGAGAGAGAGAGAGAGAGAGAGAGAGAGAGAGCUUGGGAGAGCUGAAGCCAGAGAUACUCCUCCCUACAGCUGCCAAGCGACAGGGUCCUCUCACAUACGCAGGCCAUAUGGGGGCCCUGUCAUUCAAAACGGGUCACGUGACCGAAUAAAAACCAUGACUGGCCUGAAAACACAGAAGGGCUACGGUGCAGAGAGAGAUAAACUGUAGAGAUAAGUUGUAGCAACACCAAUGGAGAUAUGGAAAACUAAUUAUUAUUUGUGAGGGCUAAAUAUGUGAGUACCAUGUGUACAUUUUGGUUUGUCUUUGAGUUCAUUAAUUUGGCCUAAGAGGUGCUGUGAUCUAACUAAGUUCAACCGUAGAGGGUCAAUGUAAACAGUGGUCGAUGUUUGACAGAGGGUUAUAGGUCAAGUGCUUGAAUGGAUGAGUUUUGCGGGUGAAGCUAACUAGCCAUUUCCCUGUUGUUUUUGUCUCCCCCCCCCUCCUCCUCCUCCUCCUCCUCCUCCUCCCCUCUCCUCUCCCUCAUCAUCUCCCUCUCCCCUCUCUUUCCCUACAGGUCUCUAUGAAGGAGGCAGGAGAUGGCCUCCAUGCUCAGAUGAACUCCAUGAUGGGGGCUCUUCAGGAACUCAAGCUUCUACAAGUGCAGACAGCGCUGGAGCAGCUAGACAUCUCAGGGAGGCCCAUCCAAAGGGCGGUCCCACCACCAGCAGCAGACACAUGUGGCCCUUGCCCUAUCCCCAGCCUCAAGCCUACCCUCGGCCCUGGCCACGAUGAGACAACCAGUCAGGAGGAGCAGCAGCAGCAGCAGAGCCGGUUGGGGCACCGGAGCAGCCUGAGCACCUCUCUCUCCUCCUCCAGCCUGGAGACAUUGGAGACUGAGAGUGAGAGCCAGCCUCUCCCUCUCCCCCGCAGAGUGUCUGGAUACACCGCCCCACAGGUGGAGUACUGUGGCCCACGUCUUAGCCAAGUGUUUCCAGAGCAGCAUCAGCAGCCGGCUUACCCAGCCAAGGUGGUGGAUCUGCCUGGCAUCCUCUACAGCUUGUCCAGGGAAGGCCCCUCGCUGGACAGCGACUACUCCCAGGACAGCAUGGAUGACUCCAGCGACUGGACAUCCUCGCUCAUGAGCCGCAGCCGCAACCGGCAGCCCCUGGUCCUGGGGGACAACGUUUUCGCCGACCUGGUGGGCAACUGGCUGGACUUGCCUGAGCUGGAGAAGGAGGAGAUGAUUGGGGGUGUUGGUGUGGGGGCGGACGUUGCCGACAGGCCCGACACCCCGGCCCACCCUCUCCGUCUCAGCCGCUCCCAGGAGAUCUGCAGAAAAUUCUCUCUGACCACCAACAUCUUCAAGAAGUUCCUGCGCAGCGUGAGGCCCGACAGGGACAAGCUCCUGAAGGAGAGGCCAGGCUGGAUGGUCCCCGAGAACCAGGAGACCGAGCUCUUCAAGAGGCCCAAGAAAGUGGCCAAGCAGCAGACCAAGGGGAGCUUCUACCUCCCGUUCUGGGCAGGUGUAGGGCAGCAGCAGCAGGGUAAGGGCCGGCCAUGUCCCCAGCUGGCUGAGGAGAGACACAGCCAGAGCCAGGGCCAGUUCUCAGGGAUUUACAUAGACAGGAGACAAGAGUGGAGACAGGAGGCCAGAGUGGAGAAAAUGCAGCCCUUGUUUGACUACAACACGGCUGUGUGGGUCUGA